UUCCGUCCUCUUUGCACUCAUAUUUAUCGAGUUGUUCUUGUUAGCCAGCUACCUCUAACUAUAACUGAGAUUUCGGUUAGAUUUAGGCUCGUUUUUUUUUGUAUUGUGUUUCUAGUGUUUAUAUUAUAGUUGGGGAUCUAGCUAGCGGGUAGAACAAAGGAGAAGCCUCCAAGCUAACGGCUGUCAUGGCCUGAGCUGAGCUAAAGAAACUAGCUCUGCUACAAAACUAUUUUCUGGUAAUGUGUGUGUACGUGCAAAAGCAAGUUUAACUUUGAAUACCACGAAAGCUCCUGCUUGCGGGCUUCUCGAACUGCUCCUUUGCCUGACUCUCCUCUAAGUAAUCACUGCUUCCAUUGCUUUCUCUGCACAAGUGGCUGCACUCAACAGUCUGCAGCGGCGGAGCAGCUAUGAGUGACCUGGAGACGAUGGCCCUGCCCAUGAGCCAGGGCAGUUUUGAGCAGAUGUGGGGGGACAUUGGCGCUGACAUGGCAUUUGGUCACCUUAUUGCAGAGCUGCCAAGAGCAGACAGUGACGCAUGGCUCAGCGCUGCUUUGCCCAAUGGCACGUUCAAUGAGAACUUUGAUUUGGACCUCACAGAGGUCACUGAGAACGCUGGUUUACCAGCCGAGACAUCUUUGCUGCUGGACAGUCUACCCCCUCCAGCUGCAGUUGUACCUUCCACCAGCGACUACCCUGGAGAAUAUGGCUUCCAGCUUCGCUUCAACCAGUCUAGCACAACCAAGUCUGCUGUGUCCACGUACUCUGUGAGCUUGAACAAACUCUACUGCCAGGUGGCCAAGACCUGCCCGGUGGACGUGCAGGUCGAGAGGGAGCCUCCCCAGGGAGCUAUCCUCAGGGCCACGCCCAUCUACAAGAAGGCAGAGCAUGUCUCUGAGGUGGUGCUGCGCUGCCCACACCACCAGAACGUCGCAGAGAAUAAUGAAGGUGUCACCCAUCGCAGUCACCUAAUCCGUGUGGAGGGCAGUCAGAGGGCUCAGUACUUGGAGGACCCUGACACAAAGAGACAGAGUGUUACUUUACCUUAUGAACAUCCUCAGCUGGGUUCUGAAAGCACCACUGUACUGCUCAACUACAUGUGCAACAGCAGCUGCAUGGGGGGGAUGAACCGCAGACCCAUUCUCACAAUCAUGACCCUGGAGACGCAUGACGAGCAGGUUUUGGGCCGGUGCUGCUUCGAGGUGCGUGUGUGUGCCUGCCCAGGCCGUGACCGCAAGACUGAAGAGGAGAAUCGCAACAAGGCAACGGCGCGAACCACCACAGCUGCCAAGAGAAUUAAGAGAGAAGCUCCAUUGCCAGAUGUGCAGGCCUCACCUGGUGCUGAAGCCUGUAAGAAAAUGCGGGCAGACUCCAGUGUUGAGGAGGAGAUCUACUUCCUGCAAGUUCGUGGGAAAGAGAGGUUUAACAUGUUGAAAACCAUUAAUGACAGUUUGGAGCUGAUGGACACAAUGUCUGCAUCAGAUAAGGACAAGUACAGACAGAAGCGUGCUUCCAAGAGCUCAAGCAGACGUGAGCUGCACGACAUCGAGCCGAGCCCUGGGAAAAGGCUGCUUCUAAAGGAUGAUAAAACCGACACUGAAUGAAAAUGAGCCUUCAGUCCUGUUGCUCUGGGUCACUGUUGACAGAUGCGCAUUUAGUAUUACGUGUUCUUGCAUUUUACGGUUCUGCAUGCACACUGCCUUGUUAAAAAAACAAAACAAAAAACAAACAAAAAAAAAACCAUUGCAUGGAGCAUUUCUGUUUUUCACCUGGAAGUGUUCCACUCUGCCUGAUUCUAAUACAAGUCCUCUGAAAUUCCUUUGGGAUGGGGGGGGGGGGGGAUUGUUAUAGUGGAAAUCAGACACUGGCAGUGAUCAUGAUUUAAACUUAAAUGUUGUCAGCUAGAUCUCAGGUUAAACUGAUUAUUGAGCAGAACUUUACAGUAUUUUUUUCCAUGUCUUUAUACUUUUUGUUAAUUUUGUAUUUUUUUUCUUCUUUUUUAAAAAUAUAUACUUUUGUAUCCUUAAUGAAUUAUUAUUUUUUUGGUUAAUCAAUCUUGGGUUUUAGAAUGUCAGAAACCAUUAUAUGUUCAUGCACAUAUAUGUAUGCUUCCACAUAAACUACUGUUCUGCUGGCUUUGCUUCUAUGUGAGAGCAUAAAAUGUGAAAAACUGUUUAAAAAGCAAAUAAACAUUCUUAAAAACAG